UGACAGUAGAAUUAAAUUGCCACAACUGUCACUGCUGAUUCUGGACUGUGGGUAGAAGCAAGAAAACUUAAAAAAAAAGGAUACAAUGGCAGGGCAUAUGUGGCUUUGCCUUCUUUUAAAAAGCUGCAUAAUUAUGAUGAUCACAGAAGCUUCACUAAGUAAGCCUUCAGUUAACCUACCUGAUUGGCAGCCAAAUGCAGAUUUUAUGACAAAGUGUGAUUUUGACAGUGAUCAGUCUCCAUUCUGUGACUGGAGUUCACAGGGAUUAAUCAGAAGUCAAGCAGGACAUGAGAAAUUCUACCUCUCGAGAGAUCCAAUGAGCCCUGUUGGUUGGUUAAAGAGCAAGGAUCUCUAUUUCUCUGGGGAUUCGUGUCUUGAAUUCUGGUAUUACAAACCAGGACAUGACAGCUCAGAACUGAGAGUACUAUUAAGUGAUGAUGGUCUCAAAACACAAAUUUGGAGCUCUGUGAACAAUGAGGGCCACACCUGGAGACAAGUUCUAAUACCACUGAGUUACUCAGAGAUUCGUGUUAAGAUUAUUUUAGAACUUACACAUAUUCAGGGAAUGGAAGAAACAGUUUUUGACAGGGUUGCAGUACAUCAGGGGCAGUGUGACUCUCAGUGCCAGCCAGGCACACAGUUCUGGACAGAUGAAUCCACUCAGUGCACCUGCAUUGAAAGUCAGCUGGCCUGUGCCAAAAUAGCCUGUGGGGAUGGUCACCCCUGCAAUAAAGCUGCUCUUUCCAAACGUUCAAGUAACUCAAACACAUAUGGCACCUGCAAAGUUACUAGUGACCUGCGAUUCACCACGUUUGAUGGGGUCAUAUCCCGUUUCAUGGGUCACUGUUUCCAUGUACUAACAAAGGUGUGCAAUGAGUCUAGCUUGCUUCCAGACUUUGUAGUGGAGGUGAAGAAUGAGCAAAUCGGCCAAUCACCUAAAUUCAAAAUCCAACAAGUGAAUUUAAGAAUGCAAAGUGUAAGAGUGACUCUGCAAAGACGAAACAAAAGAAAAAUCAUGGUCAAUGGUAUUUGGAAAAGUCUCCCCAUGAGUCUUGAUAAUGACACAAUAAAAGUCAGUUCUCAUGGACCAACUGUGGUGCUUCAGACAAACUUCAACCUCUCUAUUUCCUUUGCCAAAUCUGGUGCCCUUCAAUUAACCGUACCUAUGCAAUACUCAGACAAACUUUGUGGCAUGUGUGGCAACUUUAACAAUAUAAUGGAUGAUGAUAAGAACAUGCCAGGCAGUUCUCUAGUCAAGGACACCCACAUUCUGGGGCAAAAGUGGAAGAGUGCCAAUCCUCUCUGCCAGGAGCCCAUUGUACCAAACUUUUGUUCAGAAUCUGAGGAGCUGCAUUAUGCAAGCGAGGUUUACUGUGGAGUUCUGCUGUCCCAAAAUGGCCCCUUCUCUGAGUGCUCUUCUUCUCUUGACAAUUCAAACUUCUACAGGAGCUGUAUAUCUGAGAUGUGUACUACUUAUGAUCCUGAGGCCUUCUGUGAUAUCUUUCAAGCAAUUGAAAAAUCCUGCAGUGAAGUUGGAAUUUCUGUGACUGGCUGGAGAAAUGCAACUAAUUGUUCUCUGGCCUGUGGUCCUAACAGCCACUUUAAUGCCUGCUCCAGAGAUUGCCCUGCAACUUGUUCUGAUCUGGAUGCUGCAGAGGAUUGUGGCAGUUGUCAAGAGAGAUGUGAUUGUGAUUAUGGUUUCCUAUUAAGUGGUGGAAGGUGUGUACCUGCAGAAGACUGUGGUUGCUGGAUAGAUGGACAGCACUACAAGAGAGGAGAAACAUUUAUGGAAGGUGACUGUGAGAGGUUGUGCACAUGUGCAAGCAAUGGCAAUAUUCAGUGUUCACCUACUUCCUGCCUGGCCAAUGAAGUCUGUAAAGUCAAAAGUGGGGUCUUAGGAUGUUUCCCCUCCAAUCCAGUGACCUGCAGUGUCUAUGGUGAUCCCCAUUAUAUCACCUUUGACGGCAAGGCUUAUUCAUUCCAGGGAACCUGCAAUUACACCGUUGCUAAAACAUGUAGUGGUGAUGCAGUACGGUUCACUCUAACAGCACGGAAUGAGGACAUAAAAAACACAAAAUCUGCAUCUCUAAAUACUGUGGCACUAAAUUUGGAUGGCUUUCAUCUGACAAUUAAAAAGAACAAGCUGGUUUAUGUGAAUGGAGGUCAAAUCACUCUGCCUUUUUCACACAACACCUCAGUGCAUGUGUCCCAAAAAGGUCCAUAUGUGUUAGUGGAAACAAAGUUUGGUUUAAGAUUCUUGUUCAAUGGGAAUGACAGGCUCUUUGUGCAACUUGAUGAGAGACACAAGGGCAGUAUGUGUGGACUUUGUGGUACCUACUCUGGAAGCCAGUUUGAUGAUUUCUUGACACCUGAUGGCAAUGUAGUCCCGUAUUCACAUGAUUUUGCUAAUAGUUGGAAUACUUAUGACAAGGAAUGGCCUUGUGUCAACGGCUCCCAGGAUAAACCCAAAUGUUCACCUGAGCUAGAGAACAAAGGUAUUCAGGAGUGUAGUAAGUUAUAUGAAGAUGUCUUCAAAGACUGCCACUGGUUCGUGCCCCCCCAGAUCUAUGUGAACAGCUGUGUGGAAGACUAUUGCUACUCACAGGGGCAUCAGUUUCAGCUGUGCAAUUCUCUAGAAAAUUAUGUGGCAGCAUGUGAAGUGUCAGAGGUGUUUCUGGGAGCGUGGUGGAAGGGAACAGUCUGUGAGGUUCAAACUACACCACCAACGGAAGACACAAGCACCCCAACACCAUCACAACCCACCACCCCAAUUUGCAGUGCAAGUUGUUCAUGGAGCUGCAACUUUGACCAGGAUGAAUGUGGAUGGGAACAGUUAAUCCAGGACAGUUUUGAAUGGACACGAUGGUCUGGAUCAACACCUUCUGAUUUCACUGGUCCAAGCAGUGACCACACUACAGGAAGUGGUUUUUACAUGUAUACUGAAGGUGACGGAGUUUACCAUGGUGACUCUGCACGUAUGAUAAGUCCAGCAUGCAAUACUUUGGGCACCCAGUGCAUGACCUUCUGGUAUCACAUGUACGGUUGGGCAGCAUCCAUGAUGCUUAAUGUCUACCUGCUAGAACAGAACCGUGCCAUCAAAAUAUGGUCUAAAUCCAAUAGUCAGGGUAACCACUGGCACGAAGCACAAAUUGAGAUCAGCCCAAUGGGACCAUUCCAGAUUAUUGUGGAAGGCAUUAGGGGUUCAAAUAAUAAAUCAGAUGUAGCAUGGGAUGAUGUUACCAUAGUACAUGGAAAAUGUGGAGCAGUUAGCAUGAUGCCAGAACUUGAGGAACCAUCCCCAACUAAUGGAGGCUCCUCUAACACAGUGUGUGAAAUCAACUGCAAUUUUGACAGCAACCUUUGCACAUGGACUCAAAUGUUGACUGAUGCUUUUGAUUGGACGAGACAUAGUGGCCCCACCCCUACAUCAAAGACUGGGCCUUUGUCUGAUCACACUACAGGAUCUGGUUACUACCUGUACAUUGAGGGUGACAGCGCUCUACAUGGAGACACAGCACGACUUCUCAGUGAGGAAUGCACUCAUGUCCAACCGCAGUGUUUACAAUUCUGGUACCAUAUGUACGGCUCCAGCUGGACUAUGGGUCUAAGUGUCUACCUAUUGCAUGGGAAUGUGGCCCAGGAGGUCUGGAGUAAGAGAGAAGACCAGGGAAAUGCCUGGCAUCAGGCUCAAGUGAACAUCACACCCCAUGGCAAAUUUAAGAUUUUAUUUGAAGGACGCAGAGGAGACAAUGCUUGGUCAGAUGUGGCUUUUGAUGACGUGUCUAUACACAGAGGACCCUGUACAGAUUUAAUAAAUCAUCAGACUCUGUCACCCACACCUAAAAAGCCGACACUAAUUCCUGCAGUCACUAGCCCCACUACAAAGUCUGCAUUCUCACCUGUGUGCACAUUCAACUGCAAUUUUGACAAUAAUCUGUGCACAUGGAGUCAAAUAGCUACAGAUGUUUUUGACUGGACAAGACACAGUGGUCCUACUUCUACAGCAUUCACUGGUCCCUCAUUUGAUCACACAACAGGAACUGGUUAUUACCUGUACAUUGAGGGUGACAGCGCUCUACAUGGAGACACAGCAAGACUCCUCAGUGAUGAAUGCUCUGAUAUCCAACCCCAGUGUCUGCAGUUCUGGUACCACAUGUAUGGCUCCAGCUGGACUAUGGGCCUGAGUGUCUAUUUGCUGCAUGGGAAUGUGGCCCAGGAGGUCUGGAGAAAGAGAGAAGACCAGGGGAAUGCCUGGCAUCAGGCUCAAGUUAACAUCACACCUCAUGACAAAUUUAAGAUUUUAUUUGAAGGACGUAGAGGCCACAAUGAUAGGUCAGAUGUUGCUCUGGAUGAUGUCACUUUACUCAGAGGACCCUGUGCAGGUUUACUGAAAGACCCGCUUGGUUCACCUGUUCCCGAAAUGCCAACCAUAAUCUCUCCAGUUAGCGAAACAACUACACACCUACAAUCACAUACAAGAACAAGUGUAGUUGCACCUGUUCAUAGAAACGGCCCUGUACUAGUGAGGUCUAAUUCCUCACCGGUUUGUGGAAUGAACUGCAACUUUGACUACAAUUUGUGCACAUGGACUCAAUUAUUGACCGAUGUUUUUGAUUGGACAAGACAACAAGGCUCCACCCCUACAUUAAUGACUGGUCCAUCCUCAGAUCACACAACGGGAGCUGGUUAUUACCUGUACAUUGAGGGUGACAGCGCUCUACACGGAGACACAGCAAGACUCCUCAGUGAUGAAUGCUCUGAUAUCCAACCCCAGUGUCUGCAGUUCUGGUACCACAUGUAUGGCUCCAGCUGGACUAUGGGCCUGAGUGUCUAUUUGCUGCAUGGGAAUGUGGCCCAGGAGGUCUGGAGAAAGAGAGAAGACCAGGGGAAUGCCUGGCAUCAGGCUCAAGUGAACAUCACACCUCAUGACAAAUUCAAGAUUUUAUUUGAAGGACGUAGAGGCCACAAUGAUAGGUCAGAUGUUGCUCUGGAUGAUGUCACUUUACUCAGAGGACCCUGUGCAGGUUUACUGAAAGACCCACUUGGUUCACCUGUUCCCGAAAUGCCAACCAUAAUCUCUCCAGUUAGCGAAACAACUACACCCCUACAAUCACAUACAAGAACAAGUGUAGUUGCACCUGUUCAUAGAAAUGGCCCUGUACUAGUGAGGUCUAAUUCCUCACCGGUUUGUGGAAUGAACUGCAACUUUGACUACAAUUUGUGCACAUGGACUCAAUUAUUGACCGAUGUUUUUGAUUGGACAAGACAACAAGGCUCCACGCCUACAUUAAUGACUGGUCCAUCCUCGGAUCACACAACGGGAGCUGGUUAUUACCUGUACAUUGAGGGUGACAGCGCUCUACAUGGAGACACAGCAAGACUCCUCAGUGAUGAAUGCUCUGAUAUCCAACCCCAGUGUCUGCAGUUCUGGUACCACAUGUAUGGCUCCAGCUGGACUAUGGGCCUGAGUGUCUAUUUGCUGCAUGGGAAUGUGGCCCAGGAGGUCUGGAGAAAGAGAGAAGACCAGGGGAAUGCCUGGCAUCAGGCUCAAGUUAACAUCACACCUCAUGACAAAUUCAAGAUUUUAUUUGAAGGACGUAGAGGCCACAAUGAUAGGUCAGAUGUUGCUCUGGAUGAUGUCACUUUACUCAGAGGACCCUGUGCAGGUUUACUGAAAGACCCGCAUGGUUCACCUGUUCCCGAAAUGCCAACCAUAAUCUCUCCAGUUAGCGAAACAACUACACCCCUAAAAUCACAUACAAGAACAAGUGUAGUUGCACCUGUUCAUAGAAAUGGCCCUGUACUAGUGAGGUCUAAUUCCUCACCGGUUUGUGGAAUGAACUGCAACUUUGACUACAAUUUGUGCACAUGGACUCAAUUAUUGACCGAUGUUUUUGAUUGGACAAGACAACAAGGCUCCACCCCUACAUUAAUGACUGGUCCAUCCUCGGAUCACACAACGGGAGCUGGUUAUUACCUGUACAUUGAGGGUGACAGCGCUCUACAUGGAGACACAGCAAGACUCCUCAGUGAUGAAUGCUCUGAUAUCCAACCCCAGUGUCUGCAGUUCUGGUACCACAUGUAUGGCUCCAGCUGGACUAUGGGCCUGAGUGUCUAUUUGCUGCAUGGAAAUGUGGCCCAGGAGGUCUGGAGAAAGAGAGAAGACCAGGGGAAUGCCUGGCAUCAGGCUCAAGUGAACAUCACACCUCAUGGCAAAUUUAAGAUUUUAUUUGAAGGACGUAGAGGCCACAAUGAUAGGUCAGAUGUUGCUCUGGAUGAUGUCACUUUACUCAGAGGACCCUGUGCAGGUUUACUGAAAGACCCGCUUGGUUCACCUGUUCCCGAAAUGCCAACCAUAAUCUUUCCAGUUAGCGAAACAACUACACCCCUACAAUCACAUACAAGAACAAGUGUAGUUGCACCUGUUCAUAGAAAUGGCCCGGUACUAGUGAGGUCUAAUUCCUCACCGGUUUGUGGAAUGAACUGCAACUUUGACUACAAUUUGUGCACAUGGACUCAAUUAUUGACCGAUGUUUUUGAUUGGACAAGACAACAAGGCUCCACCCCUACAUUAAUGACUGGUCCAUCCUCGGAUCACACAACGGGAGCUGGUUAUUACCUGUACAUUGAGGGUGACAGUGCUGUUCAUGGAGACACAGCAAGACUUCUCAGUGAGGAAUGCACUAAUGUCCAACCGCAGUGUCUACAAUUCUGGUACCAUAUGUACGGCUCCAGCUGGACUAUGGGUCUAAGUGUCUACCUGUUGCAUGGGAAUGUGGCUCAGGAGGUCUGGAGAAAGAGAGAAGACCAGGGGAACAUCUGGCAUCAGGCUCUAGUGGACAUCACACCUCAUGGAAAAUUCAAGAUUUUAUUUGAAGGACGCAGAGGACACAAUGCUAGAUCAGAUGUGGCUUUGGAUGACGUUUUUAUACACAGAGGAACCUGUGCAGAUUUAAUAAGCCAUCAUACUGUUUCACCUGCACCUGAAAACCCAACACUAAUCCCUACAGAUGCCAACCCAACUACAAAAUCUGCAUUCUCACCUGUGUGUGCAUUCAACUGCAAUUUUGAUAACAACCUUUGCACAUGGAGUCAGUUAGUGACUGAUGUUUUUGACUGGACAAGGCACAGUGGUCCCACUUCUACAGCAUUGACUGGUCCCUCAUCUGAUCACACAACAGGGAGUGGUUAUUACCUGUACAUUGAGGGUGACAGCGCCACUCAUGGAGACACAGCACGUCUUCUCAGUGAGGAAUGCUCUGAUAUUCAACCCCAGUGUCUGCAGUUCUGGUACCACAUGUACGGCUCCAGCUGGACUAUGGGUCUGACUGUCUACCUGUUGCAUGGGAAUGUGGCCCAGGAGGUCUGGAGAAAGAGAGAAGACCAGGGGAACAUCUGGCAUCAGGCUCUAGUCGACAUCACACCUCAUGGCAAAUUCAGGAUUUUAUUUGAAGGACGCAGAGGACACAAUGCUUGGUCAGAUGUGGCUAUGGAUGAUGUCUUUUUCCAUAAAGGAACCUGUGCAGAUUUAAGAAAACAUUUGGUUGGUUCACCAGCACCUGCCACUACUGGACAGUGAACUCUAUAUUCUGCAAAAAAAAAAAAAGUCUGCAACUUUACUGUUUCUUAAAUAAACUAUUGCAGUUGCACCAUGCUUCAAAAACCUUCAGCAGCUGGACCAUAUCAUAUCACUACACUCUCUCAAAACAAUCUGAAAUUUUUGCUUAUCAAUUGUGCUUAAUUAAUCAGUGAUGUUGAUGUUUGUAUAAUUGUUUUAUUGUUAUCUAACAAAGUACAAUUAUUUUGUUACUGUACUUAUGUUAAGUUUGCAAGUAACUGCAUUUUAUAUGGCCUUUUCUUCCACAUUUUUUUCUACAUUUCAAAUGGAAAACCUUGUACUUUCUAUUCAGUAGUUAACAAGCAGCUGAAUAAAAUACAAACUCUAAUAGAUGGUAAUGGAUUGUUAAUAUAUUCUUUUAUAAAUUUUCAUUUGUAAUUAUACACAUGCAUGCAUACACAAUAUCCGCUUCAAUCUUAAAAACAGUACAUGAGGCUUAACAAUCCAUUUACAUUUAUAUUAUUUAGGCAAUUUUAAUAAUGACUGCUAUUAGCAUAGAAAUGCAAACUAUCCAUGCAGAUAUAGUCAUAACUUUCUUUGGUUCUAUAUAUUUAGAUAUUAUUUGUUCCAUUGUUUCAUUUUGUAAACUGGCAGUAACAAAAAGCAAGAGUGAAUUUGCAAACUACUUUUUUUUUUUUUCAUUUGAAAGCAUUUAUCCUUUUACUACAAUUUUCAUGAAUAAUUAUAAUUAUUACUGAUAAUGUUAAUUUUACUUGUACCACUUUUAAAGGACACAAAUGUGCAGCUGCAGAUCUAUAUAGCAUAGUGUAUCUCCACAGAAGAAUAAUGUUUUCUCAUUAAUAAAAAAAUGUUAGCAGGUUAUA